CCUAUUCUGUCUACUACAAUUUUGCCAGUUCCUGUCAUGUGAUUAAUGUCUUACCAUGUGACCUGUGUUUGUCAUGUGAUCAUAACAUGCUGCCUUAUGUAUUAUGACAAAAGGAGAACAACCAGAACUUGACAGCUAAGGAUUGGGGGAUACGUUCGAGUUCUUGUGAAUGUAAUACAUUAUUCACAAUAUUGUCUAGUCUCUCUAAGUGCUCUUGGAAAUUGUUGCCUGUAAAUUAAUAGAAAGCAGGUUUCAUAACUCUGGGUUUUUUUUAUCAUGACAAAGAAUGAUAAAUACUCCUGAGUUGCAAUAACAGCAAAUUUGUUAAUAAGGGUUAGUUGUAAAUGUAUCAAAGCACAAAUAAGGACUUCAUUACUUUUUUAUUGGGGUUACAAAUUCUGAUCAGUAUUCAAGAAGCUUGAAUAUUCAAAUUUUUCUGAGAAUUAUGUUUGAAAAUCUUCCCAAUGUUUGAUUGACUACUGUAUAAUUGUUACCUUUGUUGAAGUCAGACCAUCUAUCUUGUACAAGGCAACUUUUUACCUACUGUGUGUUAUCCAAUCUUAUUCUACACUAGCUUGACAUCAUACUAACUCUGGAAUCUCAGACACUUAGAACUGGUCUAUAGAGACCUAUUUUUUGUGUGUAUCAUUGCAAAAUCUAAUGCCAUAUCACUUGUAUGAUAACUGCAGAUUGUAAUCAACACAUCCAUUGAUUUUGAUUUUUCUUUUUUUAAUUAUUGAUCAAAAUGUAUUUGAUAUUCAAAUAUGAUUUCCAGUUGAUUUGGAAGUAUUUUGGCCUUUGCUUUAUUAGACUCUCAACCCCAUAAACAGUUGAACUCCGUGUGGUCGCGUCACAAAAUUAUAUGUCUCUUUACCCUUUUAAACAAGACAGGGGAUAAAGCCUCAUAGUAUAACAGCAUCAUUGGAUUUCCUGUGGAUAAAUGGUUUGAUUUAAAAUUGUAGAAAACUAGUCACAAAUCAAAAUAAAUGAACCAGUACAUUCAUACCAAUGAUUGGCAUGAUGUUAAAACUUCCAAACAAAUAUUAACAGGUCUGCAAAUAGUAAUGCCAGUUUUUCUGUAUUCCGUAAGUUUCUGUAAACCCAAACUUUUGGCAAUAUGAAAGCAACCCGGUUAAGGAUUUAGAAUUGUUGUUAAUGUUAGCAGAGAUAAAUAUGUCGAGGCAGGUGGGGUAAGUUGUCCAGCCACAUGCAAACUGUACAGGUACAACUGUUUACCGUUCUUUGGCAGCUACAUCUCCAUGUUUUGCUUUCAGAAGAGGGCUUUUGGUUGUAGUGUAUACUAGUAUGCUUUUUAAAGAAAAACAUUCAAUAUGGUCACAAAGGAUUGAUGAAAUCUCAACAUAACAGAUAUCUGUCAUUUAGAAGAUUUUAUCAUCUACAUUAAUUUAUUGCAUUUAAGGAGAUUGGAAAAUUCAGCAGAGUUAAAACUUUCUCCAGUUAAGUCCUUUCCUGUCCCUUUCACUUAUCUUGGUUGUGACAGCAAUUUAAAGAAGUCAGCAUACAAUAAAAACAUCAUGCAUGAUUGGCACUGUUUUGAUUCAGGAAUACAUAAAUGGCAAAUAUAAAGUUAAGGGAAACUCGAUUUUGUGAUCUACUUUGGUCUAUAUUUUAGUAUUAAGUUUUGGGCAUUGUUGUAUCUGAUAUUAAAUAUUCUAAGUAAUGAAGAAAAAAUUGUAGAACUAAAUGUGGAAAACCAACUGGUAUUGGAAAAACAGAGGUUUUGUUUUGCAUUAAUUGUCGUUAGGUUUUUUGAAUGAAAGAGUAUGUGUUGUUUUGCGUCCAAUUCAUGUAGAGUUUGUUUAAUUACUGUAGCUCAGAUAUGUUUUAUGUACUAAGACUUAAUCAAAAAAAGAUUUCUCCCCAAGUUCUCUAAACAAUAUUUGUUUAAUGUAAUCAUUUUAUCUUUACCUAGUGUAUUUAGCAAAUCUGCUUUUUAUACCUUGCAUACUGGUUUAUGUGUAAGAAAAAAAUCUUUUUAAAGUCCAUGACGAUAUUUUCCUUUGUGAACACAGCCAUCAAUGUUGACUUUUGUUUCACACUGUAUCUGUUAUGGAUCUCAUGACAAACACCCUGUAGUUAACUGCCUUUCUAUUGCCUGUGUGCGUUUUUGUUCUGCUUUAUGUCAUGAAUGUGAUAGAUGUCUGUGAUUUUAUAAAAGUUAUUGGUGUCUUCAAGAAAGCCAAGUGCGUAUAUUAAGUUCAAAAUGUCAUGUUGGAUAUAUUUUGGUCAUUUUUUAUUCAAUAUUUUACAGUCAAUUUUUUUUUCUUACAAGAUCAUUUUUUAAAACAGGGUUUUGAUGGGACAAAUCACACAGCGGAGACAUUAUCUUUUGAUUUAUUGAAGGCCAGCAUUCAGUAUUUAAUUUUCCUGAAAGCCUUUUAUGUAUGUUUGUACUUAAUAUCAUGACAUUGAUUCCUUCCAUAUUGUAGCCAUACUGAAUAUGCCCCCUACGUAUUUGUACAUAAGGGAUGGGUUUAAUCAUCAACAGUGUCAAAAACUAGAUUCUUUCUUCAUUAAAAGAGCUAUAUUUACGAGAUCAGGUGACUCAGAUCUUAAUGUACUUGUUUGUUGCAUUGCGUCAAGCGAUUCAAUACCCCGGUUAUUCAGCAUGCUUGCUUUGUUUGUAUGUACAGAUGAUAUGCAAUGGUAUUCCCCAUAGAUUAUGACCACUUGUAGUGUAUUGUAACUGAGACUCUAGAUCAACAUAUCUCUAUGAAACCACAUAAAUAUGAAACAUUGAACUGUGUAGAUGAAAGCAGAUUGUCCAUUACUUGUUACAAAAGUAUUAGUAGAGAAUCAAAUUGUAUGUGUGCAUGUGUGAUGGCCAGUCUGUGGUUUCUCUGAGUGCUUUUAAUGUUGUUUACUAGUUUUUAUCUGGAUUAUUUGUAUGAAAUGUUGAUUUGUUUAGAGUUUAUAUUUGCUGUUGAUGUAGGCAAUUCAAUCUUUUUAUUAAAAGUCACUCCAAUUGGUGCAGUUAUGUUAGUUUAUGCAUGAAGAUUAGUUUACUUGUGUUUCUGUGUGUAGUAAUGUAUGUGUGGGUGACCCUCUCUGGACAAGGGGAACAACUUGACUCUAUUGCUAUUUCAUAAAGGUCUUAGAAAUGUGCAUCAUGAUACUUCCCAUUUAAAAACAAUAUUUUAGAUGUUCUGUAAUUUGCUCUUUAAAAAGCUGUAAUUUCUAUAUUCUUUAGAUUUUGAUACACUGGGAUAAAUAUUUGAUGACAGAAUUUUAUAUGAGACAAAUAACAUAUUUGACUGAUAACUGUGCUAAAAGGUGUUUUCAUUGCCUAGAGAGGGUCACUGUUAAAUAGAAACAUCUUCCUAUUUUUGUUGUAAAUGGAUUAUGAAAAGAGGAACCUGGAAUAAAUGCAGCCUGAUUUUUAUCUGAUGAACUAUACCCUCUUUCUGUUGCAUGUAUUUGUUUAUUGUGGAGAUAUUUAUAUGAACAAUUAAACUUUUUUAUAUGAUACUUUUUUUGGUAAGAGAAAAAGGGAGAGAGAAAUGUAAAGAAUAAAUAUAAAUAUAUAUAUUUGCAUCUAUAUACUUGUAUAAAGUUUUAAAAAAGAAAUGUCUUUUUUCAUAAAUUGUAUCAUUUUAUUGAUAUUGCUCAUUGAUGACAUGUGAUGGCUGUGUUCUAUAUAUAAGCAUAUAUAUAAAGUAUGUAAACAAGGCGAUUUUUAGCAAUGUCACCUGACACAUAGUCAUCAUCUUCAUCUUCUUUUGUUACGUGAGACUUGUUGUCCAGUAAUACCAGAUCUACUGGAAUAAAUAUAUGUAUACCUGA